UCUGACGCGCCUUCCUCUUGCUUGAGUUUAGAGGCGUUCUGUGAGCCGCGAUGUCCCGGGCUUCUGCAGCCGUGGACGAUGAAGAGGACCAGACGGAGGACGACUGUCCUGAACUGGUCCCUAUUGAGACGAAGCAAAGAGAGGAGGAGAAAAAUUCUGGCCCCGGCACCAAGAUCCCAGUCACAAUUAUCACCGGGUAUUUAGGUGCUGGGAAGACAACACUACUGAACUAUAUUUUGACUGAGCAGCAUAAUAAAAGAAUAGCGGUCAUUCUCAAUGAAUUUGGGGAAGGAAGUGCAGUGGAGAAAUCCUUGGCAGUCAGCCAAGAUGGAGAGCUCUAUGAAGAAUGGCUGGAACUUCGAAACGGUUGUCUCUGCUGUUCAGUAAAGGACAAUGGACUUAGAGCUAUUGAAAAUUUGAUGGAGAAGAAAGGGAAGUUUGAUUACAUACUUUUAGAGACCACUGGGUUAGCAGAUCCUGGUGCUGUGGCAUCUAUGUUUUGGGUUGAUGCUGAAUUAGGGGUGGAUAUUUAUCUUGAUGGUAUCAUAACUGUUGUGGAUUCAAAAUAUGGAUUAAAACAUUUAGAAGAAGAAAAACCUGAUGGCCUUAUCAAUGAAGCUACUAGGCAAGUUGCUUUAGCAGACAUCAUCAUCAUCAAUAAAAUAGACUUGGUUCCAGAAGAGGAUUUAAGCAAAUUAAGAAUGACCAUCAGGUCAAUAAAUGGACUUGGAAAAAUUUUAGAAACACAAAGAUCAAGAGUUAAUCUCUCAAAAGUAUUAGAUCUUCAUGCCUUUGACAGUCUCUCUGGAAUAAGUUUGCAGAAAAAACUUGAAUGUGUGCCAGCAACACAACCUCACCUUGAUAAGAGUAUUGUUACAGUCACCUUUGAAGUCCCAGGAAAUGCAAAGGAAGAAAAUCUCAAUAUAUUUAUUCAGAAUCUUCUCUGGGAAAAGAACGUGCGGACCAAGGAUGGCGCCUGCAUGGAGGUCAUACGGCUAAAGGGACUGGUGUCAAUCAGAGACAAGCCACAGCAAGUGAUUGUCCAAGGUGUCCAUGAACUGUAUGACCUGGAGGAGACUCCGAUAUGCUGGGAAAAUGACACUGAGAGAAUAAACCGAUUGGUUUUUAUUGGCAGGCAUUUAGAUAAAGAUAUCCUUAAACAACUGUUUACAGCUACUGUGACAGAAACGGAAAAGCAGCGGUGAACAGCAUAUCAGAAAGAAGAUCAAAUCGUUCUUUAACACUAGAGGAUUUCUUAUGAAAAGGGUUGGAUGAAAAAUUGGGUAGAAGCUUUCUACUGGUCAUAUUUUAGGCAUUCUGCUUCUGUUAUAUACUAUGAAGUCUGUUGUACUUAAAAUAGUAUUUAUUUUAUAGAAUAAAACAUUGUAAUCAGUA